ACGGCAGAAGCCGCGGGUGCUUUAGUUCCAAGGAGGACCCCGGCCCUCAGGAGGAAGAGGAUUUGCCUGGUGGGAGCCGCAGUCGGCGCGGCUGGCUCUGCUCACCUCUGCCACCUCCUGAGCCGGGCAGCCAUGAAGGACUCGCUGGUGUUGCUUAAACGUAUUCUGGCGCACCCGGACUCCCGCUGCUGGUUCCUGGCCUGGAACCCCGCGGGAACCCUGCUGGCCUCGUGCGGGGGCGACCGGAGUGUCCGCAUUUGGGGCAGGGAGGGUGACAGCUGGAUCUGCAAAUCUGUCCUUUGUGAAGGCCACCAGCGCACCGUGCGGAAGGUGGCCUGGUCUCCCUGUGGGAAUUACCUGGCCUCUGCCAGCUUUGAUGCUACCACUUGCAUUUGGAAGAAGAAGAAUGCUGACUUCGAGUGUGUAACCACUCUGGAGGGCCAUGAAAAUGAGGUCAAGUCAGUAGCCUGGGCCCCAUCUGGCAACCUCCUUGCCACCUGCAGCCGAGAUAAGAGUGUGUGGGUCUGGGAAGUUGAUGAAGAAGAUGAGUAUGAAUGUGUCAGUGUCCUCAACUCUCACACACAGGAUGUCAAGCAUGUGGUUUGGCACCCGAGCCAGGAGCUGUUAGCCUCUGCCAGCUAUGACGACACAGUGAAGCUCUACCGGGAGGAAGAGGAUGACUGGGUAUGCUGUGCCACCCUCGAAGGCCACGAAUCCACCGUGUGGAGCUUGGCCUUUGACCCCACUGGCCAGCGCCUGGCCUCUUGCAGUGAUGACCGUACUGUGCGCAUCUGGCACCAGUAUCUACCAGGCAAUGAGCAAGGGGUGGCGUGCAGCGGCUCUGACCCUAGCUGGAAAUGUAUCUGCACCUUGUCAGGCUUCCACUCCAGGACCAUUUACGAUGUCGCUUGGUGUCAGCUGACAGGGGCCCUGGCUACUGCCUGUGGGGAUGAUGCCAUCCGAGUAUUUGAGGAGGAGCCCGGCUCAGAUCUGCAGCAGCCCACCUUCUCCGUGACGGCCCACGUGCCUCAGGCCCAUUCCCAGGAUGUCAACUGUGUGGCCUGGAAUCCCAAGGAGCGGGGGCUCCUGGCCUCCUGCAGUGAUGAUGGAGAGUUGGCCUUCUGGAAAUAUCAGCCGUCUGAAGGCCUCUGAGCCACCUUGACUUUGGACAGAAUCAUGGUUCCCCAGAAAAUGUCAUAAGACUUUCCCAGCCCCUGAGAGGACCCGGAGGAGCAUCCCUGACCUUCCUUUAACUUGGCCCCUCCUCCAUGCAGACUUGGGCAGAAGUGCAGGCCACAUAACCACUCACUCUUUCCCCCUCCUUUGAUACGGAGUCCUUGGUAAAGAGCUACAGAACAUCAGUGUAUUGUAUUUAAGCCAGAUUUUGCUUGCUUUAGGGCAGUGUUAAAUUUGGAGGUGGUGGUGAGUAUACUAUUUAUAAUCAUCAUAUCUAUAUGUAGGAGGGAUGUAUCUCAGCCUUUUCUGAAACUAUAAGCUUGAUAGAAAUAAUCCAUCUGAGUCCCAAGUCCUGUUUUAUAUUAUAAGGACAUUCACAAUCUAAAAGAAUUCCAUGGUGAGUCCUUUUCUGAAGUAGGUCCUGCCUUCUCGAUUUCUGGGCAAACCCUUGCAUUUAAGACAUUCAGUCAAUACUGAAGGAAAUGUUCUUUU